AUGGCUUCCCAUACGCCUGUGCUCCCGGUCUCACGGCAGGGAUAUCGUGCAGUUGUUGCAGUCCAGCUAGCUCACAAAAAGACGGCAGAAGAGCGACAAUCUGCUGAACUGAAAGCUCCGUCCUGGCCUCCAUGGAAAGAAGAAAAACUUGGCAUUGAUUCUCAGCGCGGCAACGAUGGAAUGUACAGUCGUGCGAUGCAAGUACUCGCACAAAUGAAGGAUGCGGGAUAUUCUCAUCGCCUCUGGGAAGACAUUUCUUCUAUCCUAGCGGGCUGGGAUACGGAUGGCAGCCCAACAGUGCAAACGAGAGCUAUGAUGCGGCGUCCGAAGGCUUUCCCGGAUACUCAAGAAUACAACUUGGACCACCAGGAGGUAUGGGUGUCUCGCAUUCGCUCUACGAGAACUGUGCGUGAAGCUUGGGCCUGUUUUCUCUCCUACCAGGACCGAGAUCUUCCUCCCAAAGCAGCUAUUUAUGCUGCAAUGGCUGAAAAAUUAAUCUACCGACGCAUUACGAUUCAAAAUGGCAUUGAAAACAUGAGCCAUACUCUCCCGGGCGAUGGCCGCGAGGUCUACUCUGAGCCGGAUUCUGCACGAGACAUUAUAUAUGUGCCCGUCGAGCCGCCUACGUUGGAUGAAUUGAUCAAUCAGAUGCUCUCACAUGGGCUCCGGCCUUCCGGACGAUUCCUUGGUCUGCUUCUUCAGUCAGCUACUUCCUUGCAAUCGGGCUUACAAUACCUACAAUGCAGUAGCCUGACAGAAUCCCAAAUAUCCAUCCUGUCAACUAUACGAGUGAACACUCUCAAAUACUCGGCAUUGGAUUUGGAAGCCUUUCAAGCAGUGCCUGACCAUGUAUUUGCAUCAUACAUCAAACUUCUCUGCACAUAUUCUGAUGUUAUGUCCCUGGAUACCAAUCGCGGGGACAUACUCAAAGCCGACCGCUUCCCUGCUCUUGUGGCUCCUACGCGCUGGACUGGCCCGAACGUCGAUCUUUUAUUGCAUGUCAAGAACCAUCCAGGGAACGGGCAUAACCCGAGAGGCCUGUGGCAUGCGAUUCAGCUGACUAAACUGCGGCGCGUCCCCUAUACUCCGGCCUGGACCCAUAUCUUGUCUGCCUUGGCCCGUGAACGACUAGGUGAAAAUCAUGGACCACGAGGUCGAGGUCUUCAACGCGUAUUGUCAUGGCACCAGACUUUGAAGACCAUGAGCUGGAUGCGAGAACGUGAUAUCGAGCUUGGCGAGCAAGGAUUUCAUACCAUCUGUGUGGCAUUUGCCAAAGCGAUUGAAGCUGCCAUUAGGUAUCCCGGAACUGUCGAGCAUAGCUUUGCACUGCUUGAGAAGGCUCAAAUCCCUGAUCUCGCAGCGGGAGAGGGCGAUGAUGACUUUGAAGCGUUGUUGCGACAUGCAUUACACGUCUUAAGGGAUCAAUUUGAUCACCUUGUUCUCCCAUCAUCAAAAUCCUCCGCCCAUGCAGAACGCAGUAUCUUUGCUGGGAGUACAUCCAACUCGCCCCUCAGUGUUCCGUUCAUACUUCACACGCCGUCACCUGCGACACUGCAUGCCUUUGUUCGGGCUCUGGGAUGUGUUGGGGAUGAUGAAGGACUGUUACAUCUAUUGCAUUGGAUGGUUCAAUCAGCCGAUCAGCUCAGCGAAGCCGCAGAAGAGCAUUCAAACGGCCAUAGAAUGAUGCGGCGAACCCUCACGGCGAUCAGAGUGUUCCUUGAGAGACGACACCGACAGAUGGACACGCGGGGACCGUCGGACCUGGUCACGCAGGAAGCAUACGACCUCAUCAGCCGGACAGGCUGGGACUGGCCGAGUGAUGCAGAGGUUGAGAAUUAUUGCCAACCAUUGUAA